CCUAGCUUCCUUGUUCACCCGCCGCCUGUAACAAGAACAACACAGAAACCAAGCAAAGCAAAGUAAGCUGCAGAAGAAAGAAAGAGAGAGACACAUUUUCAAUUCCCUCCUAACCCAUAAGGCCAAACCAAAAGGGGAGUGCAAAAGAAGAGGGAAAACUUGAAAAAGAGGGUGGUGAAAAUGAAGUACGUGUUGGUAACAGGUGGUGUUGUUAGUGGACUUGGGAAAGGAGUCACUGCUAGCAGUAUUGGUGUUCUUCUUAAGGCUUGUGGUCUUAGAGUUACUUCUAUCAAGAUUGAUCCCUAUCUCAAUACUGAUGCAGGGACUAUGUCUCCUUUUGAACAUGGAGAGGUGUUUGUCUUAGAUGAUGGCGGCGAGGUUGACCUUGACCUUGGUAACUAUGAACGUUUCUUGGACAUCAAACUAACCCGUGACAAUAACAUAACUACUGGAAAAAUAUAUCAGUCUGUUAUCGAGAAGGAGAGAAGAGGAGAUUAUCUUGGAAAGACUGUCCAGGUGGUUCCGCACAUAACAGACGCCAUCCAAGAGUGGAUAGAGUGUGUUGCGAAGAUACCGGUUGAUGGAAAAGAAGAGCCAGCAGAUGUUUGUGUGAUUGAAUUGGGUGGAACAAUAGGGGAUAUUGAAUCUAUGCCUUUUAUUGAAGCACUUGGCCAAUUCUCAUACCGUGUAGGCCCUGGCAACUUCUGUCUCAUUCAUGUCAGCUUGGUUCCUGUUCUCAAUGUUGUUGGCGAACAGAAAACAAAGCCAACUCAGCACAGUGUUCGUCAACUUAGAGGGUUAGGUUUGACUCCUAAUCUUCUUGCUUGUCGAAGUACAAAGAUUCUUGAUGACAAUGUUAAGGCAAAGCUUGCUCAAUUUUGUCAUGUGCCGAUGUCAAACAUUGUUAAUCUCCAUGAUGUUCCGAAUAUUUGGCACAUACCCUUGCUAUUGAAAGAUCAGAAGGCGCAUGAGGCGAUCCUGAAAGCAUUAAACUUGCUAGGUGUUGCUAAAGAGCCUAAUUUGAAGGAAUGGACUACGAGGACAAAAGCUUAUGACAAAUGUCAUGAAACUGUUAGAAUUGCGAUGGUGGGAAAAUACACAGGCCUUUCAGAUGCAUAUCUUUCUGUUCUGAAGGCUCUUUUACAUGCUGCUGUUGCUCGCAAUCGGAAACUUCUUGUUGACUGGGUUCCUGCUGGUGAUCUUGAAGAUGUUACUUCUAAAGAGGAUCCUGAGGCAUACAAAGCUGCUUGGACGCUUCUGAAGGGUGCUCAUGGGGUUCUAGUUCCAGGAGGUUUUGGGGAUAGAGGAGUGCAAGGGAAAAUUCUUGCUGCUAAAUAUGCUCGAGAAAAUAAUGUUCCGUAUUUGGGCAUUUGCUUGGGUAUGCAAAUUGCUGUGAUAGAGUAUGCACGAUCCGUUCUGGGUCUGCAUGAUGCUACCAGCACAGAAUUUGAUCCUGAGGCCAAGAACCCUGCCGUCAUAUUCAUGCCUGAAGGUUCAAAGACUCACAUGGGAGGAACCAUGCGUCUUGGUUCAAGAAGGACCUUCUUUGAAGUUGCUGAUUGCAAAUCUGCAAAGUUGUAUGGUCAUGUAAAGUACAUCGAUGAGCGACAUCGCCAUAGAUACGAGGUUAAUCCUGACAUGAUAUCACAGCUGGAGAAUGCUGGUCUAUCUUUUGUAGGCAAAGAUGAAAGUGGGAAGCGCAUGGAGAUAGUAGAACUGCCUAGCCAUCCGUAUUUCAUUGGCGUACAGUUUCACCCCGAAUUCAAAUCCAGACCAGGGAAACCUUCUCCUGUCUUCUCAGGAUUAAUAGCAGCAGCUUGUGAACAAAAGAAGGCAAUACUGCUACCAAGCAAUGGCCAUGCCAAGUUAACUAGUGGAAUAUAUAGCGGAGUGAACGGACACUCGCCGAUACUGAAACCUCACCAAAAUAGUAACAGCUUUAUUGCAUCCAAUGGCACCUUAAACCUAUAUGCCAAGGGCAACGGUGUAUGUGUCGACGGUAGUUGUUAGUCAGUCAUCAGUGUGUUGGUGACAGUACCAAAAGUCCUGGUAUAAUUCUCUCCAAGGGCAUCAUCGUCAUAUUGUGUUGUCCUCGGUUUUUCCCUGUACAGUUAGUGAGUUGGAUAGAUCUCCAGAAUGAAACAAGUUUUGAGUCUAACAGCAAUUUCUUCAUGUUUCUUCCCUAGUUUCUUCUACAUUGUGUUUAUGGUGUGGCAUUUGGAGCCACCAUUGAUUUGAUUUGGUUUUCAGGUUCUUGUUGGUUAGAAACAUUGGCCAAAGACUAGUUCUAUUACACUCCACUCACUUUGAUCAUGCCAAAUAUUUGGGCUUUGGUGGCUUUUUCCGGUGGCAUUUUAGGAAUUUUCUUCUUUAGAGUAUACAGGCUGAAGGUGUAAAACUUACUUUCAACCAAGUGUCUUUUUUUUUAUAAUUUUUUUUUCUUCUGCGUGGCCAUAAUGUAAAACGCUUUUAUGUUAUGAACAUUGAAGUUGAAUUUAGUUUUUCUCCGGAA